AUGGGAAAGCAAGAAGAUAACAACGUCGAGACCGUCGAGACCGGAGAAGUCUCGGAGACUCAGAUCAACGAGAGGAGACUGUUGACGAGGAUCGACCUCCGCCUGCUGCCAUGCCUCGUAGCAAUGUACCUGAUCACUUUCCUUGAUAGAGUGAAUAUCGGAAACGCGGCUGUCCUGGGAAUGAGGGAGGAUCUCCGAAUUGUGGAUGGAACUAAAUAUAACGCAGCCUUGAUGAUAUUCUUCAUUCCUUAUGUCGUGUUUGAGAUCCCCUCCAACUUGGUCCUGGUGAAGCUCAAGCCCCAUGUUUGGCUAUCGUUUUGUGCAUUCAGCUUCGGUCUCGUCACGAUCUUCCAAGGGCUCGUCACCAGCUGGACCUCGUUAAUGGUCACCCGCUGGUUUCUGGGGACGUUCGAGGCCGGGAUGAUUCCAGGAUGCGUAUACCUGCUCAGCAUGUGGUACAGACGGUACGAGGCUCAGAAGAGGUACACAGUGUUUGGAUGCUCCACAAUCCUGGCCGGUGCAUUUGGGGGUCUACUCGCCAGCGCGCUCGGUAAGAUGGAUGGAGUGGGAGGGUAUGGCGGCUGGCGAUGGGUGUUUAUUAUCGAAGGCGUGGCGACUUGCCUGAUGGCCGUGGUCGUAUUCUUCACGCUGCCUGAUUUCCCAGAGGAUUGCAAGUGGCUUAGCCAGAGAGAAUUUGAGUUCCUUCGUGAUAGAGCGGCCCGGGAAAAUGGGAGUCUCGGCGCCAGUACGAGGAUGCGGUGGCGCGACGUCUUCCAAGUGUUCAAGGAUUGGAAGGUAUUCAUCGCGGCGCUCAUGAUGUUUGGGCAGGUUGUUAGCGCUUAUGGGUACGCCUAUUUUGCGCCAACUAUUAUCAGAACAUAUGGAUAUGGGCCAAUCAAAACGCAACUAUACUCCGUCCCUCCAUGGGCUGCCGCCUUCGCUUGCUCUCUAGUUGUUGCAUGGCUAUCAGACUACUUUCGAAUCAGAUAUGUCUUUGCCGUGAUAUCCAUGCUCAUCGCUGUAAGUGGCUACUGCGUUCUGCUGAGUCUCGGCGAAACCGUGCAUCAUAAUGUCCAAUACUUCGCGCUGUUUCUUAUCACCUGCGGCUGCUUCAGCGCCACUCCGGUGUAUCUCUGCUGGUUCGGUAUGAACCUGGGUGGUCGCACGAGGAGGAGCGUAGGCACAGCCUUUCAAGUUGGAAUCGGAAAUAUCGGGGGUAUUGUCGGCACAUACUCUUUCUUAGAGAAGGAUGCUCCACUCUACCGGAAUGGCUAUAUCAUCGGCCUGUCUUUCGCCUGUUUCUCGGGCGCCAUGGCUACGAUCUACUUUCUUGGGCUAUGGUACGAGAAUCGACAACGGGAGCGCAUGCUGGCGGAGGGAGUUGAGGUGACCGCGGAGGAGGAGAAAUUGGGGGACUUGGCGUGCACGUAUCGCUAUGCGUAUUAA